UGUAUGAGAAUUACUCUGUGCAACUCGUAGAUUGCCUCCCAUGUACCAUGGACAUGUAAAGAGACAUCUGCAGUGCGAGACUCUAAUAAAGAGUUAUAGAUGUGUUGCUGCAAAUCAAUAGAGGAGAGCGCUGCAGCAGUAUUCAUAGGUGGGCUGCGGCUGCGUCUCAGUCUAUGGGAGGAAGAAUAAAGGUUUGGUAGAGAAGGAGAGAUGUGCAAUAUACGAGACGAAGAUGGAAAAUCAGCCUCUGCUGCUGAAGUAGUUAGGAGUGGCAUAAUUAUAUUGGGAGGGUGCACUGAUCCACUGCCAGGCAGGUUGCUGAGCUCACUUGGCAGACCCGCCAAUUAGUAAUUGAUGUUAUUGCAGCCGAAAACUGCAACUUAACCUCAUUCCACCAUGCAACAGCCUCAUCCUCGUUUUUCUGUUCUAUCCGGUUCUUCGCUCUCUUCUGCUGAACAUCUUUCACCAACUGCAAGCUCAACACGUUUCUCUUUACCUUCUGCGACAUCCAUAAACGCCGCUCUUGGCACACCAAAACCAGGCCUCAGACCUAAUAUCUACGACAGGAACCUUAAUAAAACACGGACAUCAGAAGUUUCCGCUUCCGCUUUCGCCUUCCUUUUUUCUGAGGUCGUUCAAUAUACCCAGAAACGCGUAAGUGGAAUCAAUGAUCUCGAACGGCGAUUGAACACCCUUGGUUAUCGCGCGGGAACACGAGUCCUUGAACUCAUGAUCUGGCGGGCAGAGUCAUCGUCCAAAGCCCCGAAACGAGAAAUUCGUUUUCUACCUGCUCUCAUGUCCAUCCACACUCAGGUGUGGAGAGCAGUCUUUGGACGCCCUGCAGAUGCAAUAGAAAAGAGCGUUGAGAAUGAAGAUGAAUACAUGAUCAUCGACAAUGAUCCUCCAAUUGAACGUCAUAUAUCUGUCCCUAAAGAUAUGAAUCAACUCAGCUGUUCUUCAUUCACUGCUGGGAUCGUAGAAGCCGUCUUGGAUGGACUAGGACUGCCUGCACGAGUGACGGCUCAUAAUACCCCUACUCAACAAUUUCCGUCGCGUACGACCAUACUCAUUAAACUUGACAAGUCUGUACUAGAAAGGGAAGAAAUACUCAAGUGAACGUGUAUAACAGUCUUCCCAUGUUCCAUCCUCUGAUCACGAAGCACGAUAAGUCUCAUCAAUUUCCGUGGAUUGUAUGCAGAAUAAGUUGCUGCCCUUCAUGGGCUCAGCUAGAGGAAUAUAU